GCCACUCGCGAUAAUUCGCGUUGCGUUGUGCCAGCAGCUGGGCGGAAAAGGCGGGAGAAGUCUGCCGCUUCCGCGUCCGCGCAGCACAGACACAACUGUAGAGCAAAAUGGACGAUAAGUUAAUAUUGGCCGUAUUUAAUUACCCAGAGCUGUACAAUGUCACUUUGCCGAAUUAUCGCUGCACGGAAAGUCGGGCAAAUGCCUGGAGAAACAUCAGCAUCGUACUGGGUCUCCCAUCUGAGGAGUGCAAAAGAAAAUGGAAGAACAUGAGAGACCGGUACUUGAAGGAAGUCCGAAUGGAGAUCAAAAGCAAGAAGCAAGGGGAGAUCGUACAGAGUAGAUGGAAAUAUAGACAACUUAUGAAUUUUAUUGCACCCUUCACUGGAUCGAGAAGUGGAGUGGCAGACAUCUGCGGCAACAAUGACGAUGACCACGACAAUCCUGACAAUGAAUCUGGCAGUGCGGAGGGAGAAACCACAUCGUCCGAAGCAGUCAAGACACCGCAGUCCAUCACAAAGGUCCCCGUUAGUCAACCUGACCCCAAGCCCCAGGUAGCAUUUGUGACGCAGCUUCCUUCUAUGUCUCAAGACACACAGAUGGCCCAGCUGGCCGUUAUGGCCAAGUUGCCGUCAAGCCCACAGAACACCCCCAUCAGCAAAACUGGACGGAAACGGCACCUGAAGCAAGAGUCAAUUUCACCGCCUUCUUCUCAAAGUACACCAUCCCCUACAAAAUGGCUGGUCAAAGACAAUGGCACGUCAUUUCCCACCCGGCCACGGGAUGAGGAUGAACUGUUUCUGCUGAGCUUUGUCCCCGCUCUGAAGCGACUUGCUCCACAGAAAAGGUGCGAGACUAAAAUAAAGAUCCAGCAGAUUAUGUAUGAGGCAGAGUUCAACAUUGCACAGUCAGAAUCUCAAGAGAAACAGACGGAGCCAGAAACACAGGACUAGGCCACACUGACUUUUUUUUUGUACUUUAUUCCGUUUUCUAUAAACCUCUUCCACAAAAUCA